UACCUGAGACUCAUACGCGUCUACGAAGUAAUCAACAGGUGUUACCUGUUGCUGACGUCAGUAUCUACGCUGGUUUCGCCCUGAUCAGAGGAACUAAACUACAACAGACAGAGCAGCUAUACAUUAGACCUGCUGAGACUAACUAGUGAUUGGUUAGUCCCCCUCCUCCAGGGUGAGUUCCAAUACCUGCGGCUGUUAAGAAGAGGAGCAGAAAAGGAUAUCUCUGGUACCAGACACCUGUCGUCCAGCUCUCAUCCACACACACACGCACACACACGCGCACACGCACACACGGUCCCGGGUCCUUGAAUUCAUGUCUUCCCCGAGCUCCGGGACGGGGCCCAGGUUCAGUAACGAGCAGGGCGGGGAUGCAGCGGUCGGGUUCCUCCCGGCCUCAGGCUCAGGGAAGAAGAGGAGGAGGCCUAGUAAGAAGACGCUGUGGAAGGGUCUGGCUCUGCUGGGGGGGGCUGGCGCUCUGGCCCUCAUCACAGGACUGCUUGUCUGGCACUUCCACCUGCGUGAAGACCAGAAGGUCCAGAAGACCUACGUGGGGGUGAUGGGCAUCUCAGACCAGCAGUUUGCGGAGGCCUACGAAGAGCCCAGCAGCGAGGAGUACAAGCACCUCGCUGGGCUGGUCAACAGCCAGUUGAAGGUGAUGUACUCCAAGAACUCGGUGCUGUCCAAGUACUUCCAGGAGUCUACGGUCAAGGCCUUCAGUGAAGAGGAGGAUGGCAUCGUGGCCUACUACCACUCAAAGUUCAGCCUCCCGGAGCCCCGCCUCUCCUCCCUGGACCAGGCCAUGAAGUCUCUGGAGGAGCCGGAGGGACAGCAGGUCCGCCAGGGCCGCCUGCUGCUGAGACCCACCAACACCCUGAACGUCCACCGCAUGGUGACUGGAGCCUUGGAUCCACGCAUGACAAAGCCCAAGUUCAUCAAGAGGAAGUCCACCUCGCUCCACGUCGAGAAGAAGGGCGAGCUGCGGUCUCCGGGGUUCCCCGACUCCUUGUACAACUCCAGCACCUUCCUGCAGUGGAAGCUAAGAGCUCAGCCUCACCACAGGGUGCGCCUGGAGUUCCACAGCCUCGCCAUGGAGGAGGACUGCCAGAAGGACUUCAUCAAACUCUACGACUCCCUGGUCCCCAUCGAGCACCUGGUCCUGGCAGAGAAGUGCGGAAACGUCCACAAGCCCAUGGUCUUUCUUUCUUCUGAAAAUGUGAUGCUGCUCACCAUGGUAACCAGCAAAGAGAAUAACUUCCGAGGCUUCAGAGCCACCUACUCCCAGAUCCCUCUUAACACCACAUGUGGGGGUCAGCUGACUGGCCUCUCAGGGGACAUCACCUCACCCUUCUUCCCGGCAUUCUACCCUCCUAAGACGACAUGCGUGUGGAACAUUCAGGUCCCCAAAGGCCACUUUAUCAAACUCCAGUUCACUGAUUUCUCUCUGGCAGACCCAGCAGAGGGCAAAGCGGGGUGUACCAAGGAUUAUGUAGAGGUCAACGACCAAAGGCUCUGUGGAAAGAAAGAGAGCAGCGUCAUCACCGUAGAAAGCACCAAGAUGACCGUCAGGUUCCAGUCCGACGACUCCAACGUGGAUUCUGGAUUCGAGGCCCAAUACGAAGCCUUCGUCCCUGCUAACCCAUGCCCUGGGCGUUUCCACUGCGACAACCACCAGUGUGUGAACCUCACUCUGCAAUGUGACGGCUGGGAGGACUGUACGGACCGCAGCGACGAGAACAACUGCACCUGCCAGGAGAGCCAGUUCCUCUGUGGUAACGGGAGGUGUAAGCCCAGCUUCUGGAGGUGUGACGGAGUGGACGACUGUGAAGACGGCUCUGACGAGGAGCACUGUGGGCAGUGCAGUGCAGGACAGUUCCGUUGUCAUAACGACCGCUGCAUCCCAGACAACCAGACGUGUGACGGGACGAACGACUGCUCGGAUGGGUCGGACGAGGCCCAGUGUAAGGAGGGGGUGGAGGCCAAGUGCUCAGCUCAGACCUACCGCUGCAGCUCUGGGGUGUGCAUCAGUAAGGUGAACCCCGAGUGUGACGGAGAAGCAGACUGUCAGGACGCCUCUGAUGAAGCCAACUGUGAGUGUGGGACCCGUCCCUUCCAGAGCUCGGCCGUGGUCGGGGGGGAGAUCUCUCAGGUGGGGGAGUGGCCCUGGCAGGUGAGCCUCCACGUCCGCGGCAUGGGUCACGUGUGUGGGGCCUCCGUCCUGAACGACGGCUGGCUGCUCACCGCCGCGCACUGUGUCCAAGACGACGACAACACCAGGUUCUCCAGGGUGGACCUCUGGGAGGCCAUGCUGGGUCUCCACAUCCAGGGCCAUGACAGCGAGUGGACGGUGAGGAGGCACCUGAAGAGGAUCAUCCCCCACCCGAGCUUCGACCCCAAGACCUACGCCAACGACCUCGCCCUGAUGGAGCUGCAGAAGCCCGUCGCCCUCAACCAGAACAUCUGGCCCAUCUGCCUGCCCAGCCCCGCCCACCAGUUCCACGCCGGGGAGUCGGCCUGGAUAACCGGCUGGGGGACCACCAGGGAGGGAGGUUUUAAAGCGGCCAUCUUGCAGAAGGCGGAGGUUCGCGUGGUGAACCAAACAGUUUGCAAUACUCUGAUGGAGGGCCAGAUCACAGACGGCAUGCUGUGUGCCGGCUUCCUGAAGGGAGGCGUGGACGCCUGUCAGGGGGACUCUGGCGGGCCCCUGUCCAUCACGGCGGCGGCGGGUGGGCGUGUCUUCCAGGCGGGCGUGGUCAGCUGGGGAGACGGCUGCGCCCGUAAGAACCGGCCCGGCGUGUACGUCCGCGUCACGCAUCACCGCGCCUGGAUCAAGGAGCACACGGGCCUGUAGCCCGCGGACCCCGCCCCCCCCCCCCCCGGCCCGGCCUCCAGGAGACUCACCUCUGGACCCGCUGAGGGCAGAGGGUCUGUUCAGGAACCUGACAUCUCACGACUAUGGCAAGCCGAUUUGAUAUAAAUUCGCUAGACUGGAUAUGUGUUGCAGGUAUCUGCAAUUCAGUUUCGCCUAGUCAAAACUAACAUUCCGGAUAUCCGCAACUACAUUCCUCCUAUCCACAAUUGUCAUUUCAGAUAUCCACAAAGACAUUCCUCCUUGGAAAAAUGACGUCAUUUUCGCCAUUCAUGUCCAAGGGGUUUCUCAUUGCAGGUAUCUACAAUUCAGUUGCGGAUAUCUUUGUGAAUUAAGGAUAUCUGCAACUGAAUUGUAGGUAUCUGUAAUUCCAGUUUGAGAUAUCUACAAUUUGAUUCUGACUAGUCAUAAUUCCAGUUCAAGAUAUCUUUAAUUCACCUCAAUUCAAGAUAUCUACAUGUCCCUUUUCAGAUAUCUUAAAUUAAGUUUUGACUAGGCGAAAUGACGUUGUAGAUAUCUCUAACUGGAGUUACGACUAGUCAAAAUGACGUUGUACAUAUCUCUAACUGGAGUUACGACUAGUCAAAAUGACGUUGUAGAUAUCUCAAACUGGAGUUAGGGAUAGUCAUAAUUUAAUUGUAGAUAUCUAUUAUCAAGUUAUAGAUAUCUUGAAAGGAAUUUUGAUUAGAGCUAUCUAAAAUUGUAGAUAUCUGUAACUUUCAUUCCACCUAGUCAAAAUCUAAUUACAGAUAUCUUGAAUUUGAGUUUUGACUAGGCAAAAUGACGUUACAGAAAUCCUGAAUUAGAAUUCCAACUAUUCAAAAUGUAAUUACGCCUGGUCAGAAAGAAGUUGUUGAUAUCUACAAUGUUAAUUCCGGAUAGUCAAACUUAGUUAAUAAAUUACAAUUCGGCUUGCCAUACACGACUGGGAUGUAGCUUUACAAGGCGCGGUGGUUAACGGGUCUUUACGUUGGCAUGGUGAUGACCGUUGCGAUGUGUGCAGACUGCUGGGCGGGGUUUUGGAACACUUCUCAGUACUGAUAGCGGACAUCAGGGUCCUCAGAACAGAUCUACUGCUACUGUCACAGACCUAGGGCAAGCUAACGGCUAACUAGCCCCUCAGCCUCCAGGUCACAUGGUCCAGGUGGCCUGAAGAAAGCCGGAGAAGGAGAUAGUGAGACUAUCUUUUAUGGUGCAUUCAUAUUUAAAAUACUGGGAAACACUGUGGUUAUUACACUAUUCGGUUUUGGUUUGUGCUUCGGAAAUGGUUUUGGGUUACUUGUGUUUAAUUUAUGCAGAUUAUAUUUUAUAUUUGAAUAUAUUUUUCUAUAAAUGUUUACUGAUUACUGAGUAUUAUGUCUGAAAAUGUGCUGAUAUGCUAGGUUAUUCCAUGAGUGUUU